UCCAUCCCUCGCCCUUCUUCCCUCCCCUCCGGUUUCACACAUCUGGCGGCCGAAGGAGAAAGGGAGUGGCUGCGAACCCAGCACCAUGACUUGCCUGACGGUCUACAGCACCUCGGUGACCGGCUCUCGGGAGAUAAAAUCCCAACAGAGCGAAGUGACCAGGAUUCUGGAUGGAAAGAACAUCAAGUACAACCUGGUGGAUAUUUCCCAGGAUAAUGCCUUGCGGGAAGAAAUGAGGGCCAAAUCGGGUAACCCAAAAGCCAUUCCUCCUCAGAUUUUCAAUGGGGACCGGUACUGUGGGGACUAUGAGUUGUUUGUGGAAGCGGUGGAACAGAACACCCUGCAUGAGUUCCUGAAGCUAGCCUGAGUGUGUUCCUUCUCCCCCCCACCCCAUUCAAAACUUGAACUUUGCAUUCCGGAUGGAUCACCAUGUAACCUUGUAAGUCAGCCUCAAACCUGUCCCAGUCCUGUGCAUCCAAAUCUCCCCCCUCCAGCUGCCUGACUUCUGUUGCCUGCUUCACUCUGUAUGGCCGUGAAAGGGAAUCCACCCAAAGACACUUUGCACAUUCCCUCGAAUGCAGCCGGGGCCUUGUUUCUAGUGCCUCCCUGGACAGAGAAAUCUGCCCAGUCCAAGGAUGUUGGGAUCUGAGUUUUUCUUCCCCAUUUUGUUAUAAAAGCUGAAUGUGGGGCUUGGGUGCUGCCUCUGACUCAUUUCCACACUUCCUCUUUGGUUCCAUUGUGGGAAAGAAGUGUGGCAGAGAGCCUGCUUUUUUCUUUUUUGCUACACAGUAAUGCAAAAGCACUGCACCAGGUUGUGGGCUGAAGCAUCCUUCUGGGCCAGAAGAAUAGGGGCUGUGUGUGUCUUAAAACUACUUCAGCAUAGCCCAGACCUAUCUUAAGGAAAGCCGCUUUAAGCCAAUGGUGAGACCUCAGAUUCCAUUUAGGGUCGUCACAGAAUGCCCGGAUAGAAUCUGUAUGACUUCAGAUGUCUGUUCAACAACAUCAACAAUUUUAUUUUACAGCCAAUGACCAGCAUACUAGAUGUCUGUUCUGUCAGCAGCUGUUGCACCCAAACUGAUACUUUCCUCUUGGGAGCGGGCGUUUUGUAAACAUGGACCAAGUGCAUUUUUGGUUGUUUCUUGUGAUCUCCCCCCCCCCCCCGCUAAAAGCAAAGUUUGUAAAAGGGCAUUCUCUUCUGAGAUGCUAUUAAAUGUUGCUU